UUACUGCUUUCAGAUCCCUGCUAAACCAUCCCGACGGGCUGAUAUUACCGCGAUGGAAGUUAGUGACGCUCACCCACAACGUGAUCGAUACGGAGUAUGCGCAGUACUGUCACUAUACCAAGAGGUGUAUCUGCAUCGUCUAGAAACAGGGAAGUGUAACAAAGACUAGAUUAUCUCGCCGUUAGAGAUUCUUACUCUCUUAUGACUGGAUCAAAUCUCGAAAAACACAAGGAUGUUUUUCAGAAUCACUGUGAUGACGAAGAGAACUUGGUCCAGAAACAGUAAAGGCAUUUUGUCUUUGAAAUGUAGUUUAACGCUGGAAGGAUUUCUUGGGACCUGGUUCCGUUUUCCACAAAUAACUAGCUCCAACGAAAUAUCGUGGGAACAUUAAGGCCACCGCUUUAACACUCUUUUUCAGUAUGACUCUCCGCAGAAGGUUUCGACUAGCGAAAAUGGUUGGAACUAGGAGAAUAAGCAAACGGCAACACACGUCAUUUUACUUUGUAUUGACAUUCCUCUUAUUAUUCAUAUGUAUCCUCUUUAUUGAAGUUUUUUUUGUGGAAGAAAAUAAUCCCAUGGAAUUUAGUAUUUUUGAAAGAUUAGGGUGGAAGAAAGACACGAAUAAAGAGAUAGUGCUACCCCCUCACGUGGCGAGAGAACUAGCACGUGUCAUAACAGACGCUGUUCAGGAAGAUUUGGACGUUAUUGUCAAUCUGUACUACGAUGCUGUAGUGGAUGAAACAGGGGCGCUUGGGAAUAAAAAUGUUGACCAUUGGCAACCGGUUAGAGGAACAAAAGAUAAAUUUCUCGUUUUUUCAGCUUAUUAUGACGAUCGAAGAGUGCAACUGAUUCGGGUGAUCGCAGCUGCACGGACGCGAAAUGCAGACAAAGUAAUGUGUAAAUUUUGGUUUGCUGAUGGGUAUUCUUCGACUACUGUUCCCGCGUUUAACAAAUUAAUACAAGAAAACUGGAACUUGAAAUAUAGCGCUUAUUUUGUACUGUGUCCAUUAAGUAAGGCUCUUCCCUCGGUGCCGGAAAGGGUGUCCAUAAUUACUUCAGAAAACGCUGAAAUUACGAACUGGUUGGUUGUACAUAACAAUAAACAAAACGUCACUUCACCUCAUGGAAUAGCAGUGUGUGUAAAGCCCGUGCAUUAUGAUUACAACAAACUAUUGAGCUUUAUCGAAUUUAUAGAAUUAAACAAGAUUUUUGGAGUCGAACAUUUUAUUUUGUACAAUGAUACGAUUGGCCGUGACGUUGCGUGUGUUAUGCGACAAUAUAUGGCAAACGGAAUUAUGAGCGUUCUUCCUUGGAAACUAGACAUGGUUUCCCAGAAAGAGAUCCGGACAGAGGGCUUGUUCGCUGCCCUAAACGACUGUUUGUACAGAACGAUGUAUAGGUUUCGGUUUGUCUUAAUGAUUGAUUUCGAUGAAUUCAUUGUUCCCCACAAGAGCGAUUCACUUACCGAAAUGCUGGAAGUCGUCGCUAAAAACAAACCUCUGAAAACAGGUGCUUAUUCAUUUCAGAAUUCCUUCUUUUAUCUCCAGUGGCCGUCAGACGCUAAGUCUCGGAGUUUACCUCUUCGUUUGAUAACGCUGGAGAAAACUGUGAGGAAAUUAAAGUUUCAUCCCCACAAACAGCGCUCCAAGUGCAUCGUGCUUCCAGAACGCGUGGUGGAAAUGGGCAACCAUUUUGUCUGGGAGUUUCUUCCGGGUCGUGCCAUGGCGAACGUCCAUUCAGACAUUGGGUUUCUGCAUCACUACCGAAUCUGUGAGUUUGGUGGAAACGACUGUAUCAACACGACCUCCAGGGUGGACCGCAGAAUUUAUCGUUGGAAGGACCAACUGGUCCAGGCGGUUCAGACACGCCUGAAGGACUGGGAGUUCAUCUGUAAUUUCUUUGCCGUUUCGGCAGACAAAAAGACCAGUCUUCUUCUCUGACAAGCUUUGCUGCAGUCUUGAACACUCACUGCCUUACGUUUUGCCCACUGUUCUAAACCUAUACUCGACAAGGCUUUAGAAUUAACAAUAAGCAAAUAAAUAAAGCAACAACAUUAUUAACCCUAAAACUUUAAAAGUAAUACCUUAGAAACUGCAUUUGAGAUCCUGGCUACGAGGUUUUUAUUUCAGGAAUUCUUAUUGUCACUUGUUUUGAGUAAUAUACGUUUUUUUGUCUUGAAUAACACCAAAAUUUUAGUAUUGAGUAAUACCAAAAUA